AUGGACGUUUUGCAUCGGUUCCCAAAUCCUGUCCAAAAUGAAGAAAGAUUUAAAUUAUGGACGAGUGUUUUGGACCCAGAAAUGCAAGAAAGAGAUCCACUCUAUAUUUACAAUAGUUUAAGAUUAUGUAACAAACAUUUUGAGAGGUGUUAUCACACACCUAGUGGGAAAUUAACACGAAACGCGUUUCCAACUUUAAUCACAGUUGCACACCAGGCGUUUAACCAACCAUUACUUGUAGAUGACUCAUUAUUAACAGAAUCUUCAAUUAUUGAUACACCACGUACGUCCGCUACACAAGAAAUUACUCAACCAUUACUACAGAGUGACCUGCUCAUAAAUUUUAUUAAAGAAGCAUUGCCUUCUUUAUCACAAGAUAUGGAUGUAACUUUGCAUGUACCAGACAAUUCAGAAAUUCCAUCAACAUCUCAACAUACUAUGGAUGCAGAUAAAACUAUUAGUGCUAACAAUACCAAAAAACUUAGAAGAAAAGUUUAUAAACUCGAAAGUAGGCUAAAAAGCCUAAGUUCGAAGUGUAAUGCACAGAAAAAAAAAAUUGAAUGCGCCAAGAAUCUUUCAAAUUCAAAAAUAUUUUUAAAUACAAUCGAUAAGUUGCCGAAAUCAAUGCAGAUUUUUACAAAACUACAAUUAAAACAUAAAAAUAAACCAAGAGGAAGAAGGUAUACUACCGAUGAAAAAAUAAUGGCACUCUCCAUAUUUAAACAGAGCACAAAAGCAUAUAGUUUUUUAGAAAAAUUGUUUGUGCUGCCUUCAAAGAGGCGCUUACAAAAACUAUUAAGCCAAAUACCGUUAAAACCAGGGAUAAAUGAAGACAUUUUCAAACACUUAAAGAAGACUGUCUGUAGAUUACCCAAAGAAAAAAGAUUGUGCACCCUGAUCUUUGAUGAGGUGGCAAUAGAACCAGGGCUGUAUUUUAAUAAAGGUCAUAUCAUUGGGUUUGAAGACUUUGGCUAUAAAAACACUUCGAAAAUUGCAGAUCAUGCGUUAGUGUUUAUGCUAAAAAGUAUCAAAGCAAAGUUUAAACAGCCAAUAUGCUUCACAUUUUGCCAAAGUUGCACAAAAAAAGAUGAUCUGAAAUAUUUAAUAAAGCUUAUAAUCAGAGAAAUUCAUAAAACGGGUCUAAAAAUAAUAGCUACAAUAUGUGACCAGUCACAAACAAAUGUUAGUGUAAUAAAAAGCCUCAGAGAUGAUACAAGGGGAGAAUAUUUAAGAAAAGGAAAUGAUUAUAUCUCUUUUGCCUUUGAGAUUGAUGGUAAAAAAAUUUUUCCUCUUUUUGAUACUCCACACCUUUUAAAAGGGGUGCGAAAUAAUUUAUUAAAAAAGGAUGCCUAUUACAUAAAAAAUGGUGUCGAAAAAGUGGCAAAGUGGGCACAUAUUGUCAUGCUAUACAAUGUGGAUGUUGGCAAAGAUGAAAUAAGACUGGUCAAUAAAUUGACAGAUUACCAUGUAAUUGAAAAAAAAAUACCAAAAAUGAAAGUAAAGUAUGCUGCUCAAGUAUUCAGCCAGAGAGUGUCAUCAGCAAUAGGUUUUUUGGCAAGGCACAAUAUAUUACCCUCCGAGUGUGAAGAUACCUCAUUUUUCUUAUUGACAUUUGACAAAUUGUUUGAUUCUUUUAAUGGACACUCUUAUUCAGGUACCUCAAAAGAACUAGCAGGGUGUCUUAAAAACAAUUCCCCUCACAAAAAUUUUUGGUUGGAAGUUAUACCCUUACUAAAAAGUAUUCAAUUUAAAAAUGUUAUUAAAAAAAGGGAUGGCAUAGAAUCCAUCAAAUUUGAAAAAGUGCCAUCUAUUAUAAACUGGAUUUCCAACAUUGAGACGUUUUUAGAAAUGUGGGAAUUGUUAAAAAAGGAACACCAAAUAUGUAAUUUAAUAACUAGACAGUUUAAUCAAGACCCCUUAGAAAAUUUCUUUUGUGGUAUUAGAAGUAACGGUGUCCGAAAUACAAAUCCUACCUGUGCUCAAUUUGUAAACGCAUAUAAAACACUAUUAGUCAAUAACUUAGUCUCACCUCAUUCAGUUAACGCGAACUGUGAAGCAGACGAUAAUAAAUGCUUGCAGUCAUUAUGUCACCUUUUAAAUGAUCCUAAAGACAGUGCUAUGCAAGAGAAAAACAGUAAUUUUCAUAUCGAUAGCUUUAUAGAUAAUUUAUCUCUUCCAAUUACAGUUGGCGACGAUGAGCAUAAUGUUCUUUAUAAUGAAUCAAAACGUUGGUGUAAAGGUGUAAACCAAUUAAUAAAAGGAAAAAUUGUUACUUUUGACGAAAGUGAUGUGGUAAAAGCACAGGCUAGGAGUUAUUAUUUGAAAAAAUUAAAAAAAAUAAAGCAAUAA